AUGAGGACAUGGAUGAACAACAGGGAUGUGCAUAAUCAUGAAGGAGAAGGGGAUGAAGGAUUAGUGGAUGUUGAUGUAAAUGUUGAUGAAGUACUUAGGGACAAUAUAGAAGGGGUUGUAUCAGUGGAAGUUAGUGAAAAUGAAGAAAGUGGAAGUGAGGGUUCAGUUGAUAUUGCACAUAACCAGAAGAACCCGUAUGACAGAGGGUUGUCUGAUGAUGAGUGGGAGUCAGAGUUUUUGGCCAAUCCAGAUGAAAGUGGAAGUGAGGAUAGCGGUCAUGAAAGGCAAAGUUAUGGUUCAUUUGGGACAUUUGUUAUGCAAAAGAGUAUGUCUGAAUACAAGUGGGAAGUGGGAACAAAAUUUAGGGAUAAAAAUGAGUUUAUGGAUGCUGUUAGAAGUUAUGCAGUCCACGGUGGGAAAGAUUUGAAGUUUAUUAAGAAUGAUAACAAACGGAUAAAUGAAAUACGCUCAAAAGCUUUGAGGAAAUGGAAUACCAAUGUCACACUUUCUAAAGCUCGUAGGGCAAAGAUAAUGGCAUCUGAAAAAGUUGAAAGUGGUUUCAAAAAUCAGUUCAAAAGAAUACAUGACUAUGCACAUGAAUUAUUGAAAUGUAACCCUAGAUCAACAGUACAAGUUAAAGUGGAUAGUGAUAGUGGAUUGUAUAAGGGGGAGUUAUUAACAGCUAUUGGAAGAGAUCCUAAUGACCAGAUGUUACCUCUGGCAUACACAAUUGUGGAAGUAGAGAACAAAGAUAGUUGGACAUGA